CUUUUAUAACCAGCCCGCAUCCCACAAAGCUGCCUUCUAUUCCCUCCCUCUUCCUACUCGUCGGCUCUCGCAGCGGAAGCGGCAGGGCGGCACCACCGGACGGCGAAGAAGGAAGAACCCUACCCCUAGCCUAGCCUCCCGGCCACCCACGCGGGCGAGGUCAGUUGGCCGUUGGAUUUGAUGGCGGUGGCGUCGCGGCUGGCGGUCUCGCGGGUGUCGCCGGAUGGCGCUGGCCCCGCGGCGGCGGGGAGGAGGGGCCGCCCGGCGGCGGGGCUCGCGGCGGUCGGGCUCCCGGGGAGGGGGAGGAGGCGCGGCGGGGCCUUGGCGGCGAGCCCCCCGACGGAGGAGGCCGUGCAGAUGACGGAGCCCCUCACCAAGGAGGACCUCGUCGCGUACCUCGUCUCCGGGUGCAAGCCAAAGGAGAAUUGGAGAAUUGGCACGGAGCAUGAGAAGUUCGGUUUUGAAGUUGACACAUUGCGCCCUAUAAAGUAUGAUCAGAUUCGUGACAUACUGAAGGGGCUCGCCGAGAGAUUUGAUUGGGACAAGAUAAUGGAAGGUGACAAUGUUAUCGGGCUCAAGCAGGGAAAACAAAGCAUCUCACUAGAGCCUGGUGGCCAAUUUGAACUUAGUGGUGCUCCUCUUGAAACAUUACAUCAGACAUGUGCAGAGGUCAAUUCACAUCUUUAUCAGGUCAAAGCAGUUGGAGAGGAAAUGGGAAUAGGGUUUCUUGGACUUGGCUUUCAGCCAAAAUGGGCACUGAGUGAUAUACCAAUAAUGCCGAAGGGAAGAUACGAAAUAAUGAGGAAUUACAUGCCUAAAGUUGGUACUCUUGGCCUCGAUAUGAUGUUCCGGACAUGUACCGUGCAGGUUAAUCUUGACUUCAGUUCGGAACAGGAUAUGAUAAGGAAAUUUCGCGCUGGUCUUGCAUUGCAGCCUAUUGCAACAGCAAUAUUUGCCAAUUCUCCCUUUAAAGAAGGAAAGCCAAAUGGAUUUCUCAGCUUAAGGAGCCAUAUCUGGACAGAUACUGAUAACAACCGUGCAGGGAUGCUCCCUUUUGUCUUUGAUGACUCAUUUGGAUUCGAGCAAUAUGUGGAUUAUGCGUUAGAUGUCCCUAUGUAUUUUGUGUAUCGAAAUAAGAAGUAUAUUGACUGCACCGGAAUGUCAUUUCGGGAUUUUAUGCAAGGAAAGCUCCCACAAGUUCCUGGGGAAUUGCCUAGCCUUAAUGAUUGGGAGAACCAUCUAACAACAAUUUUUCCUGAGGUUAGGUUAAAGAGAUACCUUGAGAUGAGAGGUGCUGAUGGUGGCCCAUGGAGGAGAUUGUGUGCUUUGCCUGCAUUUUGGGUUGGGCUGUUAUACGAUGAGGAAUCGUUACAAAGCAUUUUGGACAUGACUUUUGAUUGGACAAAGGAGGAAAGAGAGAUGCUAAGACGGAAGGUACCGGUGACUGGUUUUAAAACACCAUUUCGUGACGGAUAUGUAAGAGAUUUAGCUGAAGAAGUUCUAAAAUUGGCCAAGAAUGGAUUAGAAAGACGAGGGUACAAGGAGGUUGGUUUCUUGAGAGAGGUUGAGGAAACGGUGGGAACAGGAGUGACACCUGCCGAGAGGCUUCUGAAUCUGUACGAGACCAAGUGGCAACGCAACGUGGACCAUGUUUUCGAGCAUUUACUAUACUGAUGACUCUGGAUAGAGCUUGUAGAUGUACUCUGAUACACAAUCUCGUCUUGAUUCAUGUCAACGCCUGGAGCUGCAAGCCUCAGCUCAGGCCCAGCUUGGUUGCUCGUUGACGAGGUAAACUGCCACCUGACCCGGCGCUGUGGCUGAAUAACUUCGCUCGGGCCACUGUGUUUUGACUUCGCCCCCGACCUCCAGGGAGAAGGAACAAACCACUACAUUUUGUACCGGCACUUCCGAUCUGAGAUUGUGUCAGCAUGAAGAAUAACAAGCCCAUCCUCUGUACGAUGGCAACGGUUUGUUUCUUUCAGAGUUUUGUUGGGAUGUUUGUGCUGGGGCUCACGACAUGCUAAAGCAAUCUCAUGGACGAAUAUAAAUAAACUGACGGUUUGAUCCGUGAAUCUGCAA